AUGACGACGGGCAAAUCUUUGAAGGUAGAUUCAGUGAUGGUGUUCUUGGUUGUUGUGGGAAAUUCGUCGUCGUUGGUGGCAGCGGCUCAUUGGUUUGCUGCUAGUCGAGCCAUGGUCUUUAAAAUUGCUUCUGGUGGACCUUUUCCUUCUACCAUGACCAUCCCUCCUCCAUGUCUAAGGCCACUACAUGUUCGUACCAGUAGCAGCAUCUGUGCAGUUCAUGAUUUUGUGUCAUCCAGCUCCAGCUCCUCCUCCUUGUCAACACCGAGCGCUUCAUUCUUGCUUUGUUUGGCGGGCAGCGUUCAUGACGACAGGUCUGCAGUGCGCAGCGUAACGUGCUUUGAAAUAUGA